UCCCCGGCGAGGGCCGCGCUCCCGGCGGGCCGGGCCGCCGCCCGCCGCCCGUAUUUAAAGUGUGCCCGGGGGGCGGCGGGGAGCUGCGCGGUGCCGCUCGCUGGAUGAACGCGCCCUGCCCGAAGCGAGGCACAGGAGACGGGGAGGGGGAAAAGGGAGGAGGAAGGAUCCUGUCAAGUUGAGUUUGGUACCGAGCGGCAGCCGGGCUGCGGGGCUCGGGGAGGAGAUGGAGAAGGAUGAGAUCCACCUGCGCAGACUGCCGCCCGCCGCGCCCUGGGGACCGCACUCAGACCACAGUGAGUUUCAUGGGGUGGAUUUUCUGCCAGAAGAUCUGAACAAAGCUCCAGAGGAGACAGGAAUGAGGGUGAACAAGAAAUACUCCUGCCUACCUGCAGAGGAGAAGGGCAUCCAUAUUAUCAACAUCCGAGCUAUUGAGGACAUAGGAUAUGACCAGCACGAGAGUACAUUAUUAAAUUCCCUAUCCAAAAAUCCAGAUGCCGACUGCAAGUAUGGACUCUACUUCAGAGACGGCAAGAGAAAAGUAGACUACAUCCUGGUUUACCACUACAAGAAGUCCUCGGCAGCCAAGACGCUCAGCAGGAAAGUUCACCACAACGAUUCCAGUGUGCGAAGCACCAAGCAGGACCAGCCGCUGCCUGGGAAGGGAGUGCAGCUGGAAAUGGGGGAAGGUGAACCUCAGGUGGAUUACCACGAAGAUGACAAGAGGUUUCGCAGGGAGGAGUAUGAGGGGAACCUGGUGGAGGCUGGGCUGGAACUGGAACGCGAUGAGGAUACUAAAAUCCAUGGGAUUGGGUUUGUGAAAAUACACGCACCGUGGAACGUGCUCUGUCGGGAGGCAGAAUUUCUCAAGCUCAAGAUGCCCACAAAAAAGAUGUAUCAGAUCAACCAGACCCACGGGCUUCUGAAGAAGAUCAAUUCUGUCAUUCAGAAGAUAACGGAGCCCAUCCAGCCCAAAGUGGCAGAACACAAGCCUCAGACAGUGAAGCGUCUCUCCUACCCCUUCUCCAGGGAGAAGCAGCACUUAUUUGACUUGUCUGACAGAGAUUCCUUCUUUGACAGCAAAACCAGGAGCACCAUAGUUUAUGAAAUAUUGAAGAGAACAACAUGUACCAAAGCAAAGUACAGCAUGGGCAUCACCAGUCUGCUUGCCAACGGAGUUUACAGUGCUGCUUAUCCUUUGCACGACGGCGACUACGAAGGUGAAAAUGUGGAACCCAAUGACAGAAAACUCCUGUGUGAGGAAUGGGCGAGCUAUGGAGUCUUCUACAAGUACCAGCCCAUCGACCUGGUGAGAAAAUACUUUGGGGAGAAGAUUGGGCUCUAUUUCGCCUGGCUGGGCGUUUACACACAGAUGCUCAUUCCAGCGUCGGUCGUAGGGAUCAUUGUUUUCCUGUACGGCUGUGCAACCGUGGAUGAGAAUAUCCCAAGCAUGGAAAUGUGUGAUGAGAGAAACAACAUCACCAUGUGCCCCUUGUGUGACAGGACCUGCAGCUACUGGAAGAUGAGCUCUGCUUGUGCGACUGCUCGCGCAAGUCAUCUGUUUGAUAACCCUGCCACUGUGUUCUUCUCAGUCUUCAUGGCUCUCUGGGCUGCCACCUUUAUGGAGCACUGGAAGAGAAAACAGAUGCGCCUCAACUACAGGUGGGACCUGACUGGGUUUGAAGAGGAGGAGGACCAUCCAAGAGCAGAAUACGAAGCUAAAGUUUUAAAGAAAUCCCUGAGGAAAGAGCACAAACAUAAAGAGAAGCAUCGGUACUUCCCAGAAGAGACAGCACACCAGUGGAGACAAAGACCAGAUAAAGAAAAGCUGACAUGGAAGGACCGAUUUCCAGCCUACUUAACCAACUUUGUGGGCAUUAUCUUCAUGGUUGGCCUGACAUUUGCCAUCGUGUUUGGAGUCAUCAUAUACAGGAUCUCCACGGCAGCGGCGCUGGCAAUCAGCUCAACGCCCUCAGGCCGCUCCAGCGUCAGGGUCACCGUCACUGCCACCGCCGUCAUCAUCAACUUGGUCGUCAUCAUCAUCCUGGAUGAAGUCUAUGGCUGCAUCGCGAGGUGGCUAACGCAGAUUGAGGUGCCCAAGACCGACAAGAGCUUCGAGGAGCGGCUGAUCUUUAAGGCCUUCCUGCUGAAGUUUGUCAACGCCUACACCCCCAUCUUCUAUGUUGCCUUCUUCAAAGGCCGGUUUGUUGGACGUCCAGGAGACUACGUCUACAUUUUCCAUUCCUUCCGGAUGGAAGAGUGUGCUCCAGGUGGUUGCCUAAUGGAGUUGUGUAUCCAGCUCAGUAUCAUCAUGUUGGGCAAGCAGCUGAUUCAGAACAAUCUGUUUGAGAUUGGCAUUCCGAAAAUGAAGAAACUCAUACGCUACAUGAAGCUGAAGCGCCGCCGCACCCUGGACCACGAGGAGCACGUGAAGAGGAAGCAGCGCUAUGAGGUGGACUUCAACCUGGAGCCCUUCGCUGGACUGACCCCUGAGUACAUGGAAAUGAUUAUUCAGUUUGGGUUUGUAACUCUAUUCGUUGCAUCCUUCCCACUGGCUCCUCUCUUUGCUUUGUUGAACAACAUCAUUGAGAUCCGUCUGGAUGCAAAGAAAUUUGUGACAGAGCUGAGGAGACCGGUGGCAGUCAGAGCAAAGGACAUAGGGAUCUGGUAUAAUAUCCUCAGAGGAAUCGGGAAGCUUGCUGUCAUCAUAAAUGCAUUUGUGAUCUCAUUCACAUCCGACUUCAUUCCACGCCUCGUGUACCUGUACAUGUACAGUGAGAAUGGCACCAUGCAUGGCUUCGUCAACCAUACGCUAUCCUCUUUUAAUGUCAGCGAUUUCCAAGCAGGAACAGCUCCAAACGACCCCAUGGAUCUUGGCUACGAGGUUCAGAUAUGCAGGUACAAAGAUUAUCGAGAACCCCCCUGGUCUGAAAACAAGUAUGACAUCUCCAAGGACUUCUGGGCUGUCCUAGCAGCAAGAUUAGCAUUUGUGAUCGUUUUCCAGAACUUGGUCAUGUUUAUGAGUGACUUUGUUGACUGGAUUAUCCCAGACAUUCCCAAGGACAUUAGUCAGCAGAUUCACAAAGAGAAAGUUCUCAUGGUGGAGGUCUUCAUGAGAGAAGAGCAAGGGAAGCUGCACAUGCUAGAAACCUGGAAAGACAAGGACAAGGAAAAGGGUAAAAACUGUAACAACCACAGCCCCAGGCUCUCCAGGAGCCGCAGUGGGAGCCUGUCCUCCUGCCACCCCUAUCCCCUCGACGUGUAGCAGAGGAGGGCGCUGGGGAUCCCAGGGCAUUCCACUGAGCACAAGCCAUCGCGGAAAGGGCAGGACUCGAGUGACGGACAGCCCGGGGCACGCCGAAGGAUGCGCUGCCACUUUGUGAGAAAGGCUCUUCUUACAAAGCUGCAGGAACACCUUCUCUUCCUGGCGGCGUCCUCUGCCCUUCUGCACAAGCAGCAAUGCAGGGAAGUUGUGUAUUGCAUCGCUAGGUAACAGCGCUGCCCCUGGCGUGCAUUCACUGCAGCUACUUAGGACCUCCUGAUACAGAGAUUCUCUGAGAGCUUGACCUUAGCCAAUAGAUUGACUAAAUAAAGGCAAAUUUUAACUACUAAUUUAAAUUGUGUUUGGAACCCCACGCACGGAGGUCCGUGGGGUAACGAGAUAACAUAUAUGCAAAAACAGCUUUAGAGGGUGCCCUGGUUCUCCUCUUGGCAGGAGAGGAACCAGGUAAGGCCUACCAGGCUGACCUGCUUUCCGGAUAGGGUUUGGCUCUGCUGGUGGGUAUCUGCAGGUCUGGAACAAGCAGAGCUCCGGCAGAGCUGCAGAGUCCCACAGUACAUGAUGCUCUUGGGGUGAUCUGCCGCACAGCCAAGUCCCUCACCGAGGCUCUGCUCUCUUCAGAAACAUCAGGAAGGUGAGUCUGGAGAAGUUGCUUUUCCCCAGAGAAGCACUGAAGUGUCCCAGGCUGGAGGGGCCGUGUUGGAGCAGUCCUCCAGCAGCCCCUCGCUCACAGGCAGGCAGCAGCAGCAGUUUUGGAGAUCCUGCAGCAGGGAGCUGAUGGCAUUUGGGUAACGAGCACAGGCAGAGCUCCAGCGACUCUCGCUGCCCUGCCCGCUGCUGUUGCUGAGGAAAUUCCCUCUUCCCCCUUGGUUUAGCACAUCCCUUUCUCAGUCAGGUUUUUCUCUGUAGCCCUCUGUCCUCUGCAGGAGGGAGGAGCCUGCACCCCUUUGUCACAGCCGGUUGUUCCCGCAGACUUUCUGGGAAUGGCAUUUCCCAGAGGUUGUGCCGGAGGAGUGAAUCCAAACUGUGUCCCACUUGCUGCCUUCAGUGGAAGCUCUGCCUGCCCUAGAGCUACAGGACCAGAUCUUCAGUUAGUUACAGGACUGUUCUUUUGUCUUAAAGUACUUUGUCUUUUGUACAAGCAGCUCCCUUAAGUCCAAGCCUAACCUCCUAACGUAGGACGCCGAGUUAAGUCCCAGCAGUACGAUUCUUCUUAAGCAUAGCACAUUCUAGUUUUGCUUUGUCAAACGACAAACUGCACUCCCAACUAACAUUGGUGCAAUUAACCUCAUUUCUUUGGUGGCUUUGUCUUGUCCAUGGCACUUGCGUUGCAAAUAGAAAAGGGGGGGGGGAAGUAAAUUACGAAAGAAAGCUUUCUUUAAAGUCUGACUACUGUGUGGUUUGUUCCAAAACCAAAGGCCAAAAGACUGUUUGAAAGAGAAGCGAGUUAGUUCUUUUGUUGAUUCCUUUUUUCUUUGCCAAAUUAAUUUAAACGUUAAUGCUAGAACUUAAACCAAAUAAAAACUUGCCAUAUUUAGCUUUCGAUAUAUUUAUUUGUUUUAAAGUGAUAGACUUGAUCUCUUUCCGUAGUCUGUCCAAAGGAGGCACCAGAACAGAAACUCUGGGGAAGGAGGGAAGUGGAAUUAACCAAAUAUUCUUGAAGCUUAUUUAAAACAUUGAUCUAACCAAAGAUUUUUAUUAAUAAAGGGCUUAUAUUUUGUUAA